AUGGCGAUCACGGAGCUCGUUUUCCUGCCCCUCAAAGAUGAUGAGGACCUGAAGGCUCGGUUCUAUGAAGAACUCCCCGGCCUGAUGCAGCCCAACUUUGACGUCCCUGGAGGCCCGGAUACGGCAGCAGUGGCUCGAAUCCUCGAAAGCAACCCCGAGGAUGCUGAUGACCAGCGCGGUUAUGUGGGUGUGAUUAGCUGGGACAGGCUUGACACGAUCAAGGCUUUUCUCGCCACUCCGAACUUUGCUACCUUCAAGUCAUCGUUGCUUAAGUUCGUGGAAGCACCCCCGGUCCUUCAAUUUUUCGAAGAGACCGUCGGAGCCACACCCAGAGAGACGUUACAGAACAGCACUCAUCUGUUCGUCAUCAAGGCUACUGGUGCUGAAGCUGAAGUGGAACAUUCCAAAAUAAAGUGGAACAAGCUCGUGGCAGCUUUCCACGGUAUCGAAGGCAAUGAGACCCUAUCUCAUUGCGGUGAAGGGAGGGAAGUCCAUCAAGGCCAGUUCGCUGGUUUCAGUGGAUGGAAGUCAAUCACAGCUCUCAACGAUGCACUUCGAGAUGGUCAGGUCCAGGAGCAUCUCAAGGAUCUGCGAAACUCUGGCGCACAGGUUUCCACCUUCAUUCUGGAACUCAAGCAAAUCAUUUGA